AAAAAGAAAAACCAAAGAAAUAGCUUUUUCUAAGUGAGUGCAGGGUGCAGAGUGCAGAGUGCAGAGUGAUGAGCAGCAUUAGCACCAACACCGCUUGUGGGCUCCAUAUCUUUUUCCGUACUUAGCUGUACCUUUACAUUGUACACAUACUUUUCUUCUUCUUCUUCUUCCUUCUCCCACUUCCCUCUGUUUUCCAUUAUUAUAUAUUCCCCCAAAUCCUCCCUCCCAUUUCCUCAUUCCAUUCUUCUUUCCCCUUCCCGAUUUUGCUUUACUCAUUUCCAUGACAGAUUCCACAUGGAGAGUCCCAAUUUCUCUCCCCCUCACUCCGACCCAUCCCGACCCUCCUUAGGCUUUCCCCUCGGCACUGCUCUUCUCCUUCUCGUUAUCUUCACCUUGAGCGGUAUCUUCUCCUGUUGCUAUCACUGGGACAAACUCAGAUCCCUCCGCCGUUCCUCUUCUCAACCCUUACGCGAUCAUCGCCAUCUUCACCUGCAAUCACCUCCCUCCAAAUCCAACCCUACUCCGGAUUUGGAGAAGAACCAGAGAGAAAGCUUGUCGGUGUUGAUGCCAGGGGAUUCCAUUCCGAAGUUUAUUGCGAUGCCUUGUCCUAGGGAACCGUUGCGGCCGGAGACGAUUGAGGUGAAAGUGGAGAAGCCGGUGAAGCCGCUGCGAAUUGCGGUUCCUUUCUAUUAGCUGCUUCAGAUUCAGAUUCAGAUUCAGUUUCAGUUUCAGUUUCACCAUUGAUUGAUGUGUAUACAUAGACAGUAGAAACAAAUGAAUUCUUUUCAGUUUCAUCUGUUUUUCUUUCCUUGUGAAAGGGAAUUUCAAUGGCUUCCAAUUUCAUUGUUGUGUAUAUUCCACAAGCGUUCAUCACCAAGUUUGGUAUCUGCCUUUGUGCAGUUACAAACUUACGGAGGAAGAAAAGAAAAAAAGAGGAGCGUAAUUAUUAUGAAUUAAAAGCAGUUUAUUUUAUAAA